AUGAAGGAGACCGUUGCGAGCGUGUGCAACGCUCAGGCGGUCAAUGCAGCCUUCGAAGGAGUGGACUGCGUCAUCCACUGCGCCUCGCUCAUCGACGUCGACCUUUUCCCGGACGAGGAGCUCUUGGAAGCGGUCAACGUUCAAGGGACCCGCAACGUGAUCGAGGCCUGCGUGCGACAGAGCGUACCCCUGCUUGUGUUCACGGGCACCGUGAGCAGCGGCCAGGGAGGGAAGGACCAAUCGGCGGCGACGCACGGCUACGCGGGGCCGUACGGCGAGUCCAAGGAGAGGGCGGCCCGGCUCGUGAUGGCCGCCAGCGGGAGACCCCUGGCCGACGGACGGACCCGCCUCCGAACCUUGGUGCUGCACCAGACGCCCAUCUACGGCGAGCAGGACCAGAGACUUGUGCCGGAGUUCAUGCGCUGCGCCGGAUGGACCCUCAACACCUUGGUCCGGAUCGGCAAGGGCUUCCAGACCAUGUACGCCGGAAACGCCGCCGCCGCCCACCUGCGCGGGGUGCAGUCCCUGAGCCGGAGCCCCGCGCUCUCGGGCCGGGCCCUGGUCAUUACCGACGACACUCCCGACGACCUGUACGAGCUGGUGCGCCCGUUCUUGGCCAGCCGGGGCUACGGCGUCUCCGCGUUCACGUUGCCCUACGCCCUCGCCCUGGUUCUCAGCCUGCUCGUCGUGUGUGUCCUGGCGCUGGCACGGACCCUGAACGUCAAGCUACCCUUGCCGGCGACGACGCCGUCCACCGUGGCCUACCUCUACCACGGCCCGGUCCUGGACGGCAGAGACGGUCGCCUCGCCCUCGGCUACGAGCCCCGGUUCACGGCUGAAGAAUCCGUGCGCAGAUCCCUGCUUUACUACAGCACCGUCAGUUUGUGA